UAAAAAAUAUAUUUGUCAUUUCACAAUCGCAGUGUUUACUGUCUAUUGUACACUUCCGGGAGCUGUUUGACACACUGGUUUAUGGCAGGCCGGCAUAUAAAGCCGCCGAAAGGUACCAAUGACCUAUAUGACGCUGGUCGCGGACAUGUCUACGCCGAGAAGAUUCAGCCUCUGCCGGACAACAUGAAAAAGAAGAUCUCUGUGAUACUCGAAGCAAUUCCUACGAAAAGCAAAAGCGAGAUCGCCGAGGUUUUACAAGCCUGUGACUACGACGUCGACUCGGCGUUAAACUGUUUCAUUGCAGACGGGGAAAUGGAAGCGCAGAAUGAAUGGAUGGUUCAGGGAAAACGAAAGAACAAGAAAAAGAAAAAAAAUGCAAAGAAAGCUUUGAAAGAGGAAUCCCAGAAUGAAACAGAAAAUGCUGAGUCUGGAUCAAAGACUGAAAAGCAAGCUGAUGAAGGACAGCAGAAAAACAUCCCAAAUGGAACUGUUCCUAAAGGACACACAGCUAGUGGGGACAAGCCAAUAACCAGUAACACUCCAAAACCCAUUGAAAAUGCAAAACCUACCUCAAUUGAUGAUCCCAACCCCACAACAAAUAAUAGUCUAAAACCUAUUGUAGUCAAUGACCAGAAACUGACAGCAAAUAGUGACCCACAACCCGCAAGUCCUCCCCCUCAUUCACCCCCGCUCCUGUCACCCACCGACUCUGUGAGCUCAUCUCAAGGCUCCCAGUCAUUUAACAAAGCUAGGGCAGGAAGUUCCUCCAAUGAGAAACAUCCAAGGGUGCGAACCUCCUCAACUUCCAAACCAGAAGUAAUUAAAAAGUCUUUAAAAGAUCUUGAAAGAUCAGCUGUCUCCAUAGCAAGAUUUCAAGCUAUGUUGGAUGAGCAUGCAGAUUCCUCUACCAAAGCAUUAUCGAAAAGUUUUCAAGAAAUUAGACAAGCUUUAGAUGAAAGGGAACGGAUUUUAGGAGAACAACUUCAGUCAGUUAUAGAAGAGUCAAAAAAACUCUUGGAGAACCGUCAAGAGGAUGCAGCGUGUUUAAAGUUUAAAUGCAAUCGAGUUGGAUGCAUGAAUGAAGAAGAAUCAGCAGAACUAAGGAAUGAAAUAAAGCAUUUUGUAGGAGAGCGGAGGAUAGAUGAGGAUCUGGGGAAGACCACAAGGUUUAAAAGUGAACAGGAAAAAAUGUUAGAGGCCGUAAAGACGUUUGGUGAAGUACCGUCAAUAAGAAACCACUAUACCCCUUUCAAACGAAAACAGCCCGAACCCGCGAAACUUCACAAACCCCCGCCUGUCAAAUCCCACAAACCCACCCCCACGACCAAGCCAAGCACCCCACCUACCAAUGGACCCCCGCCAACCACCACCACGGCCGGCUCUACAAAAUCCAAACCUUCGAGCGAAACGAAAGCCGGCAAUUCGGGAAACGAGAAACCACCGUUGUCACCAACGCGGCUAAAAGAUCAAGCUGCAAUGCAUGCGAGGUUACAGCAAGCGAUGAAGGAACAGCAGGUUCCACCUGCUACCAAAGAGGCUAGCAAGAAGCGCGAGGUUAAAGUCAAUGAAAAACCAAGGACAAAAGAGUUUGGUCCAAAGCCAUUCAGGAGUAAUAGCGGUAGAGGACAACAGGGGAACUCGCAACGGGAACAAAACACGCAGCGUCAGAGACAAGUGAAUUCAGCGCAACACACCACAAGGUCAUUUAGCAAUAAUCGUCACGAGAACAAGACCCCCCCUGCGGGUGAGAAUUCUAAAGAGGAAACUCGGACCCAGACAGACCGCGCUAAUUCUCAUGGUGAUGGUAGUCCGGCGGACAACGCUACGCGGACUCCGGAUAUCGAACCCGCGGAUGGGGGUACUUUAGCUCGUGAGGGUAGCCUAGAGGAGAACAACGCUCAGAUUCGUGAGGGUAAUAACGCGCAGGCUGAAGAACAUAAACCAGCGGAGAACGAAGCUUCCCACACAACUACGCACGACCUAAAUAGUCGCGUGUUUACUAAUCAGGGACAUAAGAAGCCAAAACGACGUUAUAUUCGUAAAACGCCUAUUAAUAACGACGGUCCUUUCUUCCGAAACGGGACGUCGGAGACUUCAAACGGUUCGGGUACAACCAAGGGGAAUGGUGACCACAAUGAGAAAGGGAAAGGUACAGAUUUACCAAACGGAGAGUUCAAGGGCGAGACGACGAAUGGUUUCGUACCGUUGCCCCAGAGGAACAACAGGCCGCGAAAGUUUUAUUGCAAGAAAGAGCCUGGUAGCAAAAUAGAAUUUCCUCCAAAAAGGGAGAAUGGUGAUAGUUGAUACCAUACCUGGGCCCGCGUCCCAUGACAUCUGUGAUGACACCCAACAAUUCCGAAUCACGUUCUGAAAUCCGCUUUAAAAUGAAUAAUCAAUUUAACGAGUGAAAUGCAACAGACAUAUAUGAAUGAUAUAAAAAUUUUGAAAUAUAAGCGAUGGAUGAUUUGGAAAAAUAUCCAGUGAAGGCAUGUUUACACUCAUACCAUUUAUCGGGCCAACCUAAGAUUUUUUUGUUAUCAUGGAUGAUGCUGAGUGCUGACGUUUGGCCGGCCUGGCAACUGUUCUGUGUGUAAACCUGCUUAGCCGAGUUCAAUGAAUGUUUAUACCCAAAUUUAGCGUUUAGCCUUAGGCUAUUGCUAGACUUGGACCAGUUGCGUUUUAACACUGACUACUUGUUACCAGCUUGCUGUAAGUUGUAACUUUGUUACAAUGUUGUGGUAACCUUGUGCACUGCCAACGUUGUUACAAAGGGUUCAGGUUACUUCACUGUGAAAACUAGUUUAAGCACAUAAAAUGUGAAAUUUUUUGGUGUUUAUACAAUCGAAUGAAAUUCGAAGCGUCUCUGAGAAAAUUACUCGUAGUUACCUGUCUCAGGUGGCAUAUAAUAACCAUGUAGACGACUAUUAUUAUCGCUUGUGUUAUUAAUUUAUAACAAUAAUGAACAGCCCAUGAAAUGAAAUAAUUAUGUCAUACUUAUUUGCAACAAAAUGACAACGAAUAAUAUAUACGUGCAAUAAAAAUUGAAUGAAUUUUCCCCACAAACAAUAUAUUGCAGAAGCUGU